AUGUUCAAGAGAAGGACCAAAGGCAGGGAGAGGAAGAGCUUGGGAAUUCUAGGGAGGAACCAGCGCGGUUCUGACCGAGGGGCCGCCCCUCAGUCCCGUGGCCGCUGCGGGACGGCCGCCCGCCGCGCGCAGGCGGAACCCUGGGGGCGGACCCGGUCGGCAGCCGGCGCCUGUUCGCCGCCGCCUUCCGCCGCCCCGCCGUUACCACGGCAACGCCGCCGCCGUGGGAGCGCGGAGUCCGGGCGCCGCAGGAUGAUGCUCUCCCGUGCCAAGCCGGCCGUGGGGGGUACCCCGCCGCCGGGAGACAGGCGAAGAAAGAAAGGGAAGGAGGUGCCGCAGCUGGAAGAACUCCUGGCCCAGAGGGACUUUACCGGCGCGAUCGCCUUGCUGGAGUUUAAGCAGCAAGUGGGUGAGCAGGAGGACGAUGCCAACCUUUGGAUUGGAUACUGUGCAUUUCAUUUGGGUGACUACAAGAGAGCUCUGGAGGAGUAUGAGGCCUUAACCAAACAACCAACUUGCAAUCCAGAUGUUUGGGUGAACCUUGCCUGUACGUACUUCUUUCUGGGGAUGUACACGCAAGCAGAACAAGCAGCUUUGAAAGCACCAAAGAGUGGUCUCCAGAACCGUCUGCUCUUUCACCUGGCACAUAAGUUCAGUGAUGAAAAGAAAUUGAUGAGCUCUCACCAGAAUCUGCAAGAUAUUACAGAAGAUCAGCUUAGCUUGGCAUCUAUCCACUACAUGCGGUCCCACUACCAAGAGGCGAUUGAUAUCUACAAACGCAUUCUACUUGAGAAUCGGGAAUACCUGGCUCUGAAUGUAUAUGUGGCCCUAUGCUAUUACAAACUGGAUUACUAUGAUGUAUCACAGGAAGUGCUAGCUGUUUAUCUUCAGCAAGUUCCUGACAGCACCAUUGCUCUUAACCUUAAGGCUUGUAACCAUUUCCGACUUUACAAUGGGAAGGCUGCUGAGGCAGAGCUCAAGAACUUGACUGACAGUGCCUCAUCAUCUUUUGAGUUUGGCAAGGAGCUCAUUAAACACAAUCUGGUGGUUUUCCGAGGAGGAGAAGGGGCUUUGCAGGUCCUGCCUCCUUUGGUUGAUGUUAUUCCUGAGGCAAGGCUGAAUCUUGUGAUUUACUAUCUCCGGCAAGAUGAUGUGCAGGAGGCUUAUAACCUGAUUAAGGACCUGGAACCUACAGCUCCACAGGAGUACAUCCUCAAAGGAGUUGUAAAUGCAGCACUUGGACAAGAAGUUGGCUCAAGAGAUCAUCUGAAAAUUGCUCAGCAGUUCUUCCAGUUGGUCGGGGAAUCAGCCAGCGAAUGUGAUACCAUUCCAGGGAGACAGUGCAUGUCCUCCUGCUUCUUUCUUCUUAGACAGUUUCCUAAUGUCCUAAUUUACCUCAACUCAAUCAAGAGUUACUUCUACAAUGAUGACACUUUUAACUUCAACUAUGCUCAAGCCAAAGCUGCAACGGGCAAUUUUAAAGAGGCUGAAGAGGUGUUCCUUUUGAUCCAGAGUGAGAAGAUAAAGAGUGAUUUUAUUUACCUUAGCUGGCUAGCUCGCUGCUAUAUUAUGAAUAAGAAACCACAGGCGGCCUGGAAGCUCUAUCUGAAGAUGGAAACCUCAGGGGACUCCUUUAACCUGUUGCAGCUCAUUGCAAAUGAUUGCUACAAAAUGGGUCAGUUUUACUAUUCAGCCAAAGCGUUUGAUGUUCUGGAGAGACUGGACAAUAAUCCUGAAUACUGGGAAGGCAAGAGAGGUGCUUGUGUGGGUGUAUUUCAAAUGAUCUUAGCUGGCCGAGAAGCAAAAGAGACUCUGCGGGAAGUACUGCAUCUUCUGAAGAGCAAUGGUAAUUCUCAAGUAGAAUAUAUUGUCCGCAUCAUGAAAAAGUGGGCCAAGGAGAACCGAGUCCCUGUUUAAGACUUUAGACAUUCAAGCAGGUUGACCCAGCUGAGGAAGAGUGUACUGCAGUGAGAUUGCAAAACAUUCAGCAAGUUAAUUAAAACAUUUUAUAUCUUGCACCACUC